AUGGCCGCCAUCGCCCAGAUCUCCACCGCUAAGGUCGCCGUCAAGGCCCCCGUCGCCAAGGCUUCGGCCUCGGCCAUGCGGGUGUGGACCCCCUUCAACAACCAGUUCUUCGAGACGAUGUCGUACCUGCCGCCCCUGACGGACCAGGAGGUCGCUCGCCAGAUCGACUACCUGACCAACUCGGGCUUCGUUCCCUGCAUCGAGUUCGCCUCGGAGGACCAGGGCAUCGUGUCCAACGAGAACUGCAUCCGCUUCGCCGAGGGUGCGUCGGUGACGUACCAGGACAACCGCUACUGGACCAUGUACAAGCUGCCCAUGUUCGGCUGCACGGACUCGCAGGAGGUCAUCCGCGAGAUCGCCAACUGCAAGAAGCUGUUCCCGGGCUGCUACAUCCGCGUGGUGGGCUUCGACAACGUCCGCCAGGUGCAGUGCGCCGGCUUCCUGGUGCAGCGCCCGGGCUCGGCGCUCGCGCCGGAGGCUCGCUCGGUGGCCUAA